UAUUAGUUCCGCUAGAGUGCGCCUUAAGCUUCUUCGGUCAUGUACAAAGGUCGAGAUGGGGGGUGCACUACUGGGACUGUUUGCAGGGGCCACUACUGUAUUCCUGAAGCGUUCGCUUGUGCAAGCGUCCAGGGGCGUUACCAACAUGGCUACAGGAGGUGAGGAGUGGAAGAACGCCACGUCCAUCUACGAGUUCUCUGCCAAGGACAUCGAUGGGAAUGAAGUCUCGCUAGAGAAAUACCGAGACCAUGUCUGUCUCAUCGUCAACGUGGCAUGCAAAUGAGGCGGGACGAACGUGAAUUACACACAGCUUCAGGAGCUCCACGACAAGUACGCGGAGUCCAAGGGCUUGUGUAUACUAGCGUUCCCAUGUAACCAGUUUGGGGGGCAGGAGCCGUGGCCUGAACCUGAGAUUAAGAAGUGGGUCACGGACAAGUUUGGGGUCAAGUUCGACAUGUUCAGUAAGAUCAACGUCAAUGGUAAGGAUGCACACCCGCUGUGGAAGUACCUGAAGAGCAAGCAAGGAGGAACCCUCAUCGAUGCCAUCAAGUGGAACUUUAGCAAGUUCCUGAUCAACAAGGAGGGCCAACCUGUGAAGCGCUAUGGGCCGAAUGUCAAACCCUUGGAGAUUGAGAAGGAUUUCGAGCCCUACUGGUAGACGUCGUGUCCAGAUGAACCGUUCCCAUGGCAACAGAGACGCUGUGCAGUGUGCGGUAGUCAGUUUGAUGAAGGCAGUGCUCAGAAACCCACCAGUGGGGGGGCAUUGCUGGAUGGAACCUGCUGAGAACCACAUUCUGCAUAGCGUUUCUAGUUGCCUGGCAACAUGUUUCAUGUGCACAUGACAUCAUCACCCAUCAAGUAACACAACAUUGUUUUACAACCAGUUAUUAUUUAUAGUGAGCGGUUGCAGCAACAGUUCAUUAUACACGAAAUUUACAUAAAUUAAAUUUCAUUAUCGAAGGUGGCAUAGAAAGGAUAAGUUAGAAGGAAACAGAUUUUAGUGUUAUUAUAGGUAAGUUGUUAUAUGUCUUGAAUAUAAUUCUUAGACUAUCAACAAAGGAUCACUUUUUACUUGAUCAUUUGUCAUAGUUUUGCCAAAUUUAGUUAGAAUUAAGGACAUUAUCAAUGUAAAAAAUACAACCAUCCAGCAUUUCUGAGAUAUUUGUCCAUUCAUAGUCAUGCCAAUAUAACAAAAUGUUAUAUUUGGCUUUGAUUCUGUCACCCAGGUCAGAAAUAUUCUGUUUCUUUUGUUUGUAUCUCUUGUAACAAAAGGAAAUAUAGUAUCUAAGGUUGCAUCAUCAAUAUUAUGUUUGCCAAAGAACUACAGGCUGGGUUAUUAUGUUCUUUUUUAAUGUUUGAAAAAAACAUAUGGCUAUGUUUGUUAUGACAUAACAUCAGUUAUUAUAGACAUGAAAAGACUGUAACUUGACAACAGAAUGAUCCUGAAAGUGUGAUUUUUGCUAAUGCUUUUAACUGUGAUGAUUUUCCCCAAUACACAUCUGUCAGAAGGCACAAUUUCCAAUACAUUGUAGACUAAAAGAGAAUUGGAAAUACAUACAAUGCAGUAUUAUUAAUUUAACUAACAUAUGAUAAGAAGAUAUGCCAAACUUUGUCUUUUCAGACAUUGUGCACUUAGCAUUUACUAUUAGCAAUAAGAAAUGUUUCUCCACUGUGCCACAGUCAUCCUCGUAUGUUGUUGAUAACUGGUAAUGUAAGAUCA